GUGUGUCUUUCAGGUAUUUAUGAACAGACAUUUCUUAUACAACUGCAGUGCACCGAUCCUGGAUGUGAAGAUUGCCUUUUGUCAGGUGUGUGUUCCAUACAGGUAAAAUAAAAGCGCUCCAUGCUCCAUGUCCUCCUGUCGCUGGAAACCAGUUCAAGCUACAUAAGAAAAUUGAGGUUUUGGUAAACAAGUUGAUGUGUCUUACAUCGCCAAGCAUUACAACAUGAGCAAAAGCAAAGUGGACAACCAGUUCUACAGCGUGGAGGUCGGAGACUCCACCUUCACGGUUCUGAAACGGUACCAGAACCUCAAGCCCAUUGGUUCUGGGGCUCAGGGAAUAGUGUGUGCGGGAUAUGAUGCUGUCCUGGACAGAAAUGUUGCUAUAAAGAAGCUCAGCAGACCUUUCCAGAACCAGACCCAUGCCAAGCGCGCUUACAGGGAGCUGGUGCUCAUGAAGUGCGUCAACCACAAAAACAUCAUCAGCUUAUUAAACGUUUUCACACCACAGAAAUCUUUAGAGGAAUUCCAGGAUGUGUAUCUGGUGAUGGAGCUGAUGGAUGCUAACUUGUGCCAGGUGAUUCAGAUGGAGCUGGACCAUGAGAGAAUGUCCUACCUGCUCUACCAGAUGCUCUGUGGCAUCAAACACUUACACUCAGCCGGCAUCAUCCACAGGGAUUUGAAACCUAGCAAUAUCGUGGUGAAGUCAGACUGCACGCUGAAGAUUCUGGACUUCGGGUUGGCGAGGACCGCCGGGACCAGCUUCAUGAUGACCCCGUAUGUGGUGACACGGUACUACAGAGCGCCGGAGGUCAUCCUGGGCAUGGGGUAUAAAGAGAACGUGGAUAUUUGGUCAGUCGGUUGCAUUAUGGGUGAAAUGGUGCGCCACAAAAUCCUCUUCCCCGGCCGAGACUACAUCGAUCAGUGGAAUAAGGUGAUCGAGCAGCUCGGUACGCCAUCGCCCGAGUUCAUGAAGAAGCUCCAGCCCACAGUGAGGAACUAUGUGGAGAACCGACCUAAAUACGCUGGCCUCACUUUCCCUAAGCUGUUCCCCGACUGCCUGUUCCCUGCAGAUUCCGAGCACAACAAACUCAAAGCGAGUCAGGCCAGAGAUCUUCUUUCUAAAAUGCUGAUCAUCGAUCCUGCUAAGCGGAUAUCGGUGGACGAGGCUCUUCAGCACCCCUACAUCAACGUGUGGUACGAUCCGUCUGAGGUGGAGGCGGCCAAAGAUCUUCAGAUAUCCAUGCCUCCUCCUCAGAUCUACGACAAGCAGCUGGAUGAGAGAGAACACUCCAUCGAUGAGUGGAAAGAGCUGAUCUAUAAGGAAGUGAUGAACUUUGAGGAGCGAACGAAGAAUGGCGUGGUGAAGGGACAGCCUUCUCCUUCAGGUGCAGCCGUGAACAGCAGCGAAAGCCUCCCUCCGUCCUCGUCCGUCAACGACAUCUCGUCCAUGAGCACCGACCAGACCCUGGCCUCCGACACAGACAGCAGCUUGGAGACCUCAGCCGGGCCGCUCGGCUGCUGCAGGUGACUAACCGCCUGCCUGCGCAACCCCGCCUUCUUUAGGAGGUGAUCCGAAUGAUCUCACGAAAAGAAAAAAAAAACCUAUCUGACACCGAUCCUAUUUACCGAUAAAUUUAGGAAUAACUUUACAGGAAAAUCCUGUAGAUCUUUAAGCCUGCAUUAUUCUUCAAAGCAAAAUGGAAAAAAAAAAACAAAAACGGAAAAUGCCGAUGUAUGUGUAUAUUUAUGAAUCCCUCACUAGUUGCUUUGCAUUAUUCCUCCUUCAUAUGGCAUCUGAUAACGAAACGAUUAUAAUAAUAAUAAUAACUAUAAUAAUAAUAAUAAUGCUUACCGAGGCAUCUCUGUGAAGUGUGCGUUAUUCCGUAACCCUGGAUGAUCCCGAGUAAACCGCAAGCUUUCUGUGCUCCUUCGGUCCAUGUGGCAAGGUGGGCUUUUGUGUUUCUCGCUACUCCAACUUAUAGAUAAAUAUCAUUUCCCUGUUAUACGACGGAUCCGUUUGCGCUGAACCCCUUUAAGCAGCCGACUUUGACCCGAAGACGUUUUCUAUUUUUUUUCUGGGUGUGAACGUAAAUAAUAACCCUGGAUCUCUUGUAUAUAUGUAAUUCUGUACAGCUACACAAGGCACGGAUGGGACUGACGGCCAGUAUCGGGAGUUGUCUUGCGCACCUUGCCACAUCACCACUUUCACAUUUAGUUACCCUUGCUUGUAGUCUUCUUGCAUGACCAGAGGGAAGAAAGAAAGUAAUGAAUAAAACACUAAAUAUGAGCAUAACCCAGUAUAUUUGUAUACCGAUGUACGAAAAUGAAAUCUGCUGGAAGCUGUGAGGGAAACGGAUCACUUGUGUCUCUUUGUUCUGCAAGAAGCCAUCGCAAGGGAACAAAUACUGUCAUACAUUAGUAAAAAAAAAAACAAAAACAAACAAACAAAAAAAACUUCAUCAGGGUUGCCAGGAUUGUAGUUUUUACACCAAUUAUGGCUAGUUUAGAAACAAAGUUUGUGGAUUUAGGUAAAACAUAUUGACCUGGCAACCCUGACCUCCAUCCUAUUUUCCAGUUAGUAUUUUUUUUUCACAGUUUUGUAGUUCAGGUGCAUUUACACGUCAUCACGUUUGCUCCGAGCGUGUUGAGCGUGCUACGAGCAUGCGUGGAUUCGAGCCGCUGUUCCGCCUUACUCGCUGCUUUGCAUGUGGUUCCCUGACCUUUGACACCUCGGAUCGAUUCUCUUGCGGCUGCUGCAUGUUCAGGGAAAAGUCUUUCUUUUUCAUACCUGGGAACGAGCGACGUGUCGACAAUACAGUACCUCUUAGCUUCCCGUUCGAAUCGUUUCAUUUCCUCGUUCCCGAUGCACGUCCAUCUAACUAUCCAUCCUUGACAUCUUUUUGUCUGAAUGGAAUCCAAGCGGACUUACUACCUAAACCUAGGAAUCCGAAAGAAGUGGGUUUUAUUUACCGAGCGCAUGCGUUUGCUUGAAUUCGGGUAGUGCCUUUGAAAUAAUGCAGUUUCCUCCUUAUUUAUCCAAAAUAAUUCUAUGAGCAGUGAAGCGAGUGUGGAGGCAGGAGGAGGAGGUCGGGGCGAGGUUGCACAGGCGGUGGCUUUGUCACAGUUUGAACAUUGCAGGUAAUUCAGAGAUGUUGUCGUACGUCGGCGGUGCCUGGUUUGUCGGGUCUCUUCCUUCUUCUAACCUCUUUGUCUAAGUAUGCACAUAAUCACCAGAUCUCCAAAAAAAAAAGAUCUCAUCUCCUUCCCUGUCCUGUGAAAAAAAAAAAAAGAAUGAACCCUGACAUAUAAUUGUUGCAUUUCUAAAUAAUGUAUUGUAAAUGAAACCUCAACCUUUACUCACGAGCCUGAUGUUUUUUUUUUUUUCAGUUCUAGGUUAAUGAUAAGCCUUAUUCAAUAAAUGUCAUGAAGUACACAGUGAAAUAAUGGAUCCUCUAAUUUUUUUUUUUUUUUUUUUACCUGUACUUGUCUGAUUUGACCUGUGUACCGAAUCAUUUUAAUAAAGGAAUGAAACGCACAUUUUUUGGUUUGCUUACACCGAUUGUUAAACUGAUUCGAGCCGUUUCUGAUUCCUAAGAGUGGUCAUUUUUUAAACCGUAUUUUCCUUCAGAUUUGACUUUUCUGUAGUAAAGUUACGGUUUCUUCAGGGCCCUGCUGGUGACAUCUCUGCAUUAUAAAAACAAGGCCUGGCCAGGACUCAGUAAUGUGUGGGAAUGAGAUAAUUAUCUUGUGGCCAUGACUUAUUAUAAACAAAUUACUACUAAAGCAAGGGAAUGAGAUAAUUAUCUUGUAGCCAUGACUUAUUAUAAACAAAUUACUACUAAAGCAAGGGAACGAGAUAAUUAUCUUGUAGCCAUGACUUAUUAUAAACAAAUUACUACUAAAGCAAGGGAAUGAGAUAAUUAUCUUAUAGCCAUGACGUAUUAUAAACAAAUUACUAGUAAAGCAAGGGAAUGAGAUAAUUAUCUUAUAGCCAUGACUUAUUACGAGAUAAUUAUCUUGUAACCAUGACUUAUUAUAAACAAAUUACUACCAAAGCAAGGAAAUGAGAUAAUUAUCUUGUAGCCAUGACUUAUUAUAAACAAAUUACUAUUAAAGCAAGGGAACGAGAUAAUUAUCUUGUAGCCAUGACGUAUUAUAAACAAAUUACUAGUAAAGCAAGGAAAUGAGAUAAUUAUCUUAUAGCCAUGACUUAUUACGAGAUAAUUAUCUUGUAACCAUGACUUAUUAUAAACAAAUUACUACCAAAGCAAGGAAAUGAGAUAAUUAUCUUGUAGCCAUAACUUAUUAUAAACAAAUUACUAUUAAAGCAAGUGAACGAGAUAAUUAUCUUGUAGCCAUGACUUAUUAUAAACAAAUUACUAUUAAAGCAAGGAAAUGAGAUAAUUAUCUUGUAGCCAUGACUUAUUAUAAACAAAUUACUACUAAAGCAAGGGAAUGAGAUAAUUAUCUUAUAGCCAUGACUUAUUAUAAACAAAUUAGUUCCAAAGCAAGGAAAUAAGAUAAUUAUCUUGUAGCCAUGACUUAUUAUAAACAAAUUACUAUUAAAGCAAGGGAACGAGAUAAUUAUCUUAUAGCCAUGACUUAUUAUAAACUAAUUACUGCUAAAGGAAGGGAAUGAGAUAAUUAUCUUGUAGCCAUGACUUAUUAUAAACAAAUUACUACUAAAGCAAGGGAAUGAGAUAAUUAUCUUGUAGCCAUGACUUAUUAUAAACAAAUUACUACUAAAGCAAGGGAACGAGAUAAUUAUCUUAUAGCCAUGACUUAUUAUAAACAAAUUAGUUCCAAAGCAAGGAAAUAAGAUAAUUAUCUUGUAGCCAUGACUUAUUAUAAACAAAUUACUAUUAAAGCAAGGGAAUGAGAUAAUUAUCUUAUAGCCAUGACGUAUUAUAAACAAAUUACUAGUAAAGCAAGGGAAUGAGAUAAUUAUCUUAUAGCCAUGACUUAUUACGAGAUAAUUAUCUUGUAACCAUGACUUAUUAUAAACAAAUUACUACCAAAGCAAGGAAAUGAGAUAAUUAUCUUGUAGCCAUGACUUAUUAUAAACAAAUUACUAUUAAAGCAAGUGAACGAGAUAAUUAUCUUGUAGCCAUGACUUAUUCUAAACAAAUUACUAUUAAAGCAAGGGAAUGAGAUAAUUAUCUUAUAGCCAUGACUUAUUAUAAACAAAUUAGUUCCAAAGCAAGGAAAUAAGAUAAUUAUCUUGUAGCCAUGACUUAUUAUAAACAAAUUACUAUUAAAGCAAGGGAAUGAGAUAAUUAUCUUGUAGCCAUGACUUAUUAUAAACAAAUUACUACUAAAUCAAGGGAAUGAGAUAAAUUCAUAAACACCAAUUAUUAAAGGGAACAAGAUAAUUAUCUUUUACCAAUGGCAAAAGAUCAGACUAAAUAAAUCACUAGUUAAUAAUGUAAGUGGGAAAAUGAGACAAUUAAGUCAUCACCAUGGCUUAGUAAAGUAUGGGAAAAUUAAGCUAUAGCAAUAACCUAUGUGACAGAAUGAGAUAAAUAAAUUAUGACCAAUAUUUAGUACUAUGAAGGAAUUAAAUAAUUUACUGUGAGUAACAAGAUCUUUAAGUCAUAGUUAAGUAGGUUCACAAUAUAAUGAUCUCGUAGCUAUGUAGCGAAAUCAUGGCCACUACUUACUACUGCAAGGGAAUGAGAUAAUUAGGUUCUGUUCACUAACUAGUAACAUGAGAGAAUGAGAUAAUGAAGUCAUAUUCACUAAUUAGUAACACAGGAGAAUGAGAUAAUUAGAUCAUGGCACUACUUAGUAACAUGAUAGAAUGAGAUAAGUAAAUCAUGGACAUGACUUAGUAACACAGGAGAAUGAGAUAAUUAGGUAAUGUGAGUAAUGAGAUAAUAAAGUCUUAGCCAUGACAAAGAAAAAAAGGAACGAGAUAAUGAAGUAAUGUAAGUAAUGAAAGCGAGCAAGAUAAUUAAGUGCAGAUGUCGGGAACUGAGACUCAGCAUCAGUGUAAUAGAAAAGAUGUUAAUAAAGAAAUAAAUGAACUGUACUCGAGAUAGAAGGCAAAACAUGAUGGAGACUAAGGUACAAAGAGCAACAGAUGGACACCUGACACUGAGGUGCUUACAAAUGAGACUGAGACUUGUCUAGGGUGACAAUGUCCAUGUAAACUUCUCUACACUGCUAAACCAGACAUGUGGCAGCUUUUGUCCAGGCUUGUAUCGUUUACCGUGAAACGCUGUAUACGCGAGACACACGAACAACAUGAUCACAUGACCAUUGUCGUUAAGACUUAUUAAGACUUAUGUUCAGUUCUCACACAUCACUAAGCUGUGGUCAUGCAUUCUUCUUAUUAAUAAGUCGGUGUGUCACCAGGGAGGGGCUUCGUAAUUUCAAAGUCAAAUUUUAUUGGCCCUAACAUUGAACCCUGAGGAAUACCUACAAUAAUGAUUAAAGCCACUGUUUAUUUAAUGUACUGUUCAACAAAAGAGACAGUGCGAGUCUGUCUCAGCACAGUUGACACGAAUUAUACCUUUAAAUUCUUACUAUUUAACUGAAAUGUACCGUUUUUUUUGUUGUUGUUUUUUUUAUUAUUAUAUUUUAUUUUAUGUACCCAGAAAGGCUACUAUCAGUGGAAUAAUGGGCCUGAGCAAUGUAUCUUUAAAGACACCAUUCUGGGUUUCUGACUCAUUUUAUUUGUAAGUUUGAACAGUCUGUUUUUUUGGGGGCUUUUACUUAAUGUGAGAAACAUAACUUAAAUCGCAUCACGACAACAAAUUUAAUUGGGCCAAAUGUUGAAAUCUGAGGAAUACCUAAGAAUAUUUUUUGUUGUUGUUGUUUUCUUGUUUUUCUCUUUUCCUGGUACUGUGUGUGUGUGUAGAAAAUGUAUUGUUAAUUCUGAAGAUAAAAAAUGUAGAGGCCAAACAUCUGUAAUUGACUUAUUUCUGAAAUGAUUUUUAUUUUUAAGACAUUCGAGUACACGCCGAAUGCUAACGGUCGUGUUUAAGAAACCGCUCCAAACCUCUACAAGUAAAAUGACUGAGCGAUUUUCCUUAGCACCGUUCACACCAUAUGUAAUAUUUAUAUUUUAUUUGCAUGGCCGAUGCGAGAUGUGCGGAUGUCUGUUGUAAAUACUGACAUUUGAAACACUGAUGAUGAUGAUGAUGAUGAUACGAAGGUGCUGACAUGUUGCUUUCACUUUUUAUCUGAGAAAUGAAAAGACAACAAUGUGAAUGUAACCACACUGUGACGGGUUCUGACAAGUCUCCAGGCUAUAAAUAAAACACUUUUACAACAGGGUGGACACACACACACACACACACACACACACACACACACACACACAUAGAGAAUAGUAAUGUUUGUAUUUCAAUUGUAACUAGUUGUAAACUGUUCUGUUAUCUAUUCAGGUUGGUUUAUUAAAUCAUACACAUACACACACACACACACACACACACACACACACACACACACACACACACACACACACACACACACACACACACACAUAGAGAAUAGUAAUGUUUGUAUUUCAAUUGUAACUAGUUGUAAACUGUUCUGUUAUCUAUUCAGGUUGGUUUAUUAAAUCAUACACAUACACACACACACACACACACACACACACACACACACACACACACACACACACACACAUUAAUAU